UCCGGCUAUGUCCAUCUGCCCCCCGGCACCCUCCGGGAUCUGGGACUGGCCCAGCAGUAUCCGAUCAACACCUUUUUCUGGUUUUUCGAAUCGCGGAAUGACCCCGUGAAUGCCCCGCUGUCGAUCUGGAUGAACGGCGGGCCCGGCAGCUCGUCCAUGAUCGGUCUCCUGCAGGAGAAUGGACCAUGUCGGGUCGCUGCGGACUCCAACUCGACGCAGCCGAAUCCUUGGUCGUGGAAUAACUACGUCAACAUGCUUUAUAUCGACCAGCCGAAUCAGGUCGGGUUCAGCUACGAUCUCCCCACCAAUGGAACCUAUGACCAGGUCUCUGGGGUGCGUAACGUCUCCGGAUGGACGACGACGACGACGACGACGACGACGACGACCGUCCCGGAGCAGAACAACACUUUCUACGUCGGUACGUUCCCCAGUCUGAACCGGUCCAGCUCCGCCAAUACCACGGCGAACGCGGCCCGCGCUCUGUGGCACUUUGCCCAGACCUGGUUUACGGAGUUCCCCGAGUAUAAGCCGCUGAACGACCGGGUCAGCAUCUGGACCGAGUCUUAUGGUGGGCGCUAUGGCCCGGCUUUCACUGCGCUCUUCCAGGAGCAGAACGAGAAGAUUGCCAAUGGCUCGCUGACUGGGCCCGGGGAAGCCCAUUAUAUCCACCUGGACACACUGGGCAUUAUCAACGGAUGCGUUGACUUGCUCGUUCAGGGCGAGUCGUAUCCCCAGAUGGCCUAUAACAAUACCUAUGGGAUCCCCGCUAUCAACCAAACGGUGUAUGACGCGGCGAUGGAGGCGUGGAGUAAGCCGGGUGGCUGUAAGGACUUGAUUACACGGUGCCGCCAGCUCGCCUUGGAGGGGGACCCCCAGAUGUAUGGGAACAACGCCACGGUCAACCGCGCGUGCCAGGUCGCCAACGACUACUGCAGUAACAACGUGGAGGGCCCUUAUAUCUUGCACGCCGGCCGGGGCUACUACGAUAUCUCACAUUUCGACCCCGAUCCUUUCCCCCCGCCCUACUUCCUCGGUUACCUGAGCCAGCACUGGGUCCAGGGGGCCUUGGGGGUUCCGGUCAACUUCACGGAAUCUACUGACAGUGUUUACGACGGCUUCUCCAGCACGGGCGACUACCCACGGGCGGAUGUGCACGGGUACCUGGAGGACUUGGCGUAUGUUCUCGACUCCGGUAUCAAGGUGGCCUUGGUGUACGGCGAUCGAGACUACGCUUGCCCAUGGAACGGCGGCGAACAGGUGAGUUUGCAGGUGAACUACCGUGAUGCAGCCCAGUUCCGCGCGGCGGGCUAUGCAUCCGUGCAGACCAACUCCUCCUACGUCGGCGGGCUGGUGCGUCAGUACGGGAAUUUCUCGUUCACCCGGGUGUUCGAAGCCGGCCACGAGGUACCAGCGUACCAACCGCAGACGGCGUAUGAGAUUUUCCACCGUGCCCUUUUCAACCGGGACAUUGCCACUGGCCGGGUGUCCACGAUUCAGCAUCGCACGUAUUCCAGCAAGGGUCCAUCCUCGACCUGGAACAUCACGAACUUGGUCCCGGACAGUCCGGACCCCACUUGCUACAUUCUCUCUCUUCGUUCCUCCUGUACCGAUGAGCAGACUCAGAGCGUGGUUAAUGGAACCGCAACGAUCAAGGAUUACAUUGUGGUCGACGGCGAUACCUCGGGUCCCAAGCGAGAGUUCCACCGGGACUAUCCGCUUCAGGCAAGCGAUCAGAGGAGGGGAGGUCCUGUUGACUGUUCAGAAAUGGUUGACGAUGUUGUAUUGUCUAUGACGGCGUCACUCUUGGAAUGCUUUCAAUAUGCUUUGAAUGGGGAAUGUAAGAAACCCGAUCUCCAUCCCGGAGCGAAGAAAGAGAAAGAGAAGCUUCUCGAACCUUCUGGAGUUGCGGUCAACAGUCAGUCAGUCACACACACGUCAGUCACAGUUGGCCAUCAUCUUCUUUCUGCAUAUUCCACUCUGAACCUGAACCUGACUGACCCUUUAAGAACCAUUAUGUCGUCUUGAUUGUUCAGUGUCCGCAGUUGUCUGAUUUGAGUCCCGUUGUCUGUCCUUAUCAUUUUCGUGCCGCCGUCCGGUCGAAUCUUCUACGUCAUUCGAGCUGCUCCUACUCUCUUCCCCCCUUCACCCACCACUGCCUCCUCCUCUCAGUCCUGCAUUUAUAUUCUACUUGGAUUCCGCCAAUUAGGACUCUGUUGAUAUCCAUAUUUUGUUUUCUUUUUCUUCUUUCUCCACCAUUCCCGCCAAAAUGGUCGCAGAGACAAAGCUAUACGAUGCCCUGGGGAUCAAGCCGGAUGCCUCGCAGG